AUGCCCUUAAUGAAGGACUCACAGAAGAUGGUGAGUCGCUGCAUCUACCUGAACAUCUUGCUGCAGACGCGGGCGCAGGAGAUCCUGGCAAAAUUUAUCCGCAUCGGGGGUUACAAGCUGCUCAACACCUGGCUCACCAGUUCCAAAGCCACCAACAACGUCCCCUUCCUGCAGCAGAUCCUCCUCACCCUCCAGCACCUGCCCCUCACCGUCGACCACCUCAAACAGAACAACACAGCCAAGCUGGUGAAGCAGCUCAGCAAGUCGAGCGAUGAUGAAGAGCUGCGCCGUCUCGCUUCCAUCCUCGUCAGCGACUGGAUGGGGGUCAUCCGCUCCCAGAGCAGCGCCCAACCGACCGAACGGGAUAAAAAGAAGCGAAAAGAAGAAAACAAAAGCAAAACCCCCGUCCAAGAGAAACCCCAAGAAGCCAAAAGCGAAGCUAAAACCGAGGAGGUGCCGGAGAAGAAAAGGGAAAAACCCAAAUCCCUGCGGACCACUGCUCCCAGUCACGCCAAAUUCCGCUCCACUGGGCUGGAAAUGGAGACUCCUUCGUUAGCGCCCGUGAAGAAAAUUAACUCUU